AUGAAUGUGAUUUGGAGAAAUUUUAUUUCCUGUCUAAGGAUAGGAAAGAUGCCACACAGAAACCAAAGUGAUUACCACCCAACAGCUCCUCUGGGAUCAAGGAUUUUAACUGACCCAACCAAAGUUUUUGAACACAACAUGUGGGAUCAUAUGCAAUGGUCAGAAGAAGAAGCAGCAGCAGCCAGGAAAAAAGUAGAAGAAAACUCAGCUGUGCGAGUCCUUCUGGAAGAGCAAGUUAAGUAUGAAAGUGAAGCUAGUAAAUAUUGGGACACAUUUUACAAGAUUCAUAAAGAUAAAUUUUUCAAGGAUCGUAAUUGGCUGUUGAGGGAAUUUCCUGAAAUUCUCCCAGUUGAUCAAAAAACUACAGAGAAGAUGGAAGAUAUAUCACGGGAUCAUGUAAAAACUAACGCAGCACAUUGCCUCUCAGAAAUGCAUUGCCCUACUAUGCCUGAAGAAAAAAAUCAUUACAAGAAAAAUUCUGGCUCGUCAGAUGGUCAAAGCAGAGCAGGGUCAGACUUUUCCAACCCAGAUUCUGAAGAGCACAGAAGAGGACCUCUGAAGACGGAAUUGUUUCCUGGAAGCAAUGCUACUUUCAGAAUAUUAGAGGUUGGCUGUGGUGCUGGAAAUAGUGUGUUUCCAAUUCUGAACAUCUUGCAAAAUGUACCAGGGUCCUUCCUUUAUUGUUGUGAUUUUGCUUCUGGAGCUGUGGAGCUGGUACAGUCGCACUCAUCCUACAGAGCAGCCCAGUGUUCCGCCUUUGUUCAUGAUGUAUGCGAUGAUGGCUUACCCUACCCUUUUCCAGAUGGGAUCCUGGAUGUCAUUCUCCUUGUCUUUGUGCUCUCUUCUAUUCAUCCUGACAGGAUGCAAAGUGUUGUAAACCGACUGUCCAACUUACUGAAACCAGGGGGAAUGUUGUUAUUUCGGGACUAUGGAAGAUAUGAUAAGACUCAACUUCGUUUUAAAAAGGGGUGUUGUUUAUCUGAAAAUUUUUAUGUUCGUGGAGAUGGUACCAGAGCAUAUUUCUUCACAAAAGGGGAAGUCCGCAGUAUGUUCUGCAAGGCUGGGCUGGAUGAGAAGCAAAAUCUGGUUGAUCGUCGCUUACAAGUUAAUAGGAAAAAACAAGUGAAAAUGCAGCGAGUGUGGGUUCAAGGCAAAUUCCAGAAACCAUUGCACUUGACUCAAAAUAACUCCAAAUUGUUGUUUUCAGUCCUUUCUGAUGACUGA